UUCCGGUGUUUAGAACGUUAGCAUCGUCUCGUGAGAGGCUACCGGUUCCUCGUCACGUUACUUCACCGUAACCUCCUCCUCCACCGGGAUCAGCGGGGAGCGCUCCAGUGUUCGACUGAGGAGUAAAGUGUCUCCAGACGUCUCAAAGACUCGGGAGACACUUUUGGAUCCUGAGAUCUUCUUCAGGACACAAAUACUCAACGGCUUCUGUCCGGUUUGUCGACAUGGAAGGCUUCGACGAGUGCAUCUGGCGGCGGCGGAUCCAGCACGGCGUUCGGUAUCAGAAGAGCGCCGUCCCGUUCCCCAGGUCGGUUGCAAUCGGUUUGGAGUUCAACGCGGCGUUGGAGAGGAAGGACAAGCUGGACAUCAGUAUGCUGACGAACGGCGUGAUGCUGGAGCUUUGCGACUUCGCCAAAACGGUGACCAAGUCCGAGACGUAUUUCUUGUUCGAAUUGCUGGAGUUCAACUUCGACAUCGGCAUUGACGUGGACGAGGACCAGCAGUACUACGACUACGCCAGACGCGUGCACAGCAAAGUAAAGCUGCUGAGGGACCAGAUAAAGCUGAAACCUCAAAGAUGGAAAGAAGCGUUUCCACUUCCGGACCUCUGCGCUAUAAUGGCGUCCGCGGGGUCCCAGCAGCCGGGACGUUACUAUCCUAAAAGGAACAAACUGGCGGACAGUUCUGUCCUCUCUGACGGCGGCAAGAGCGGCCCGUCUGCAGAGGACCAGAGGACGGAGAGGACCAGAUCUGCGUUCGUCGUAAAGAGACGAGGAGGAGUUCAGGUGAAGCUCUCCACUGACGCGUACCCAUUCUGCAAAGACCUCGGCGUGACUCUGCUGUUCCGACCGGGCGACGUACGCAAAGACAAAGUGAACCCGAACCUGGUGACCAACGGGGCGAUGCUGGAACUGCUCGACUUCUCCAGAUUGAUCUGCGGGACAUACACCGGGAUCGUCUUUGACCUGGUCGCACAAAACUUUGGUCACGAGUUGGACAAAACGAUGUUUCGCGUGCAAGUGAACAAGCUGAUGGAGAGGAAGUACGCCUGCCUGACCGUCGAGCACAAGGACGCCUUCAGAAAGGAGGCGUUUAGAGCCCUCACCCAGAAACGGAAAAAGAAAAGUGACCCCGACGACCAGCAACCGGAAGAGCUGCCGAUGGCCAGUAAGAGAAGGGGGACGCUGAGGCUUAGGGACGAGGACGCCAAAGACCUUUAUGAGGAUGGCGACCUCUCGUACAUGUGUCCAGUUGAAUUUGAGACGGAGAUGCAGUCAGAUUCAGAAGAAAUUAAGGUUGAAAGUUAUCUGAUAGAAACAAAAGAUGUGAAGGAGGAAGAGGAGGAAGUGUUUGUCUCCCCGGAGCCGCCUCGGAUCUCUGACCUCAGCCCUCGUUCGUCUCACGUUCGUCCAAAGAACACAACUCCGAACGCCGUCUCAGAUCUGUUUUCUGAAGAUAAAAACGAGGACGCGAACGUAAAAACACCGAAACAGAAGCUUUGGAAGAGACGUGUGACUCGCUCCAAACAAAUCCUGAAGUCCAGCAGAGUGAACGACUUGUUUGCCCGCUGCAGAGAGAGAGGUUUAGACUUCAACGUCGCCUCGGCCAACAGACCAACCCUGGAUCUACAGAUACUCACCAACUGCGUGUUGUUGGAGGUUUAUAAAUUUGCGACUGCGAUGGCGAAGAGUAUAUGCAGUUUCUUCUUUGAGAUUCUGGACAACAACUUCAACCUUGUCCUCCAAGAUGAGGUGCAUCAGCGGAAUUUUGUACUUUACAUGAUAACAAAAGAAAAGGUCCUUCAGAGCCACCCUGAUAGAUGGAAAACAGAGUUCCUCAAGAGUCCCUUUCAUUUCCCCGAAGCUUACAACAUGGUCGACGUGACCAGCGAUUUUCAAACCGGACAGGAAGUUGAGACGGCGCAACAGCGGAUGGACUUGGCGAGCCAGGAGCCACAUCCGUUCUGUAAGAAGAUCAACCUCGAUCUUUGGUCGAUGGAAGAACGUCCAGCGAGCCAGAAGCUCGAUCUGACGGUCCUGACCACCGGCGCCGUGCUCGAAGUGUUCGCCUUCGUCAGAGAGUUGUGCGGUUCCAUCUGUGAGACGGUCAACGACCUCCUGGAGCACAACUUCGAUGUGGAUCUGCAGAGCGGAGCGACGGAAGCCUCGCAGGUGAUCCACAGAUGGUACGCCACCCAGAAAAGCUUGAUGCAGAGGCAGCACACAUCGCUGACGGUGAACCUGUGGUUGAACACGGUCGUCCCACUGAGCGGUCACUCGACGCUCGAUCCUCAACCACUCGCCGCCAACAGCUCGGAGGAUCAGGUGUCGGAAACUGAGGUUCUCAACGGAGAUGUGGAAACGGAGAAGGAAAAGGUCAACGGCUAUCGCAUCUGCGAACGAAUCGGAUUGGACCUCGACGUCGGCUUCAAACGAGAAGCCAAACCCAAACUGGACCUGCGAGUGCUGACGAGGGCGGUCCUCUUUGAGAUGCACCGGUAUGUGGAGCAGAACUGCAACCGAUAUGUUCCGGCUCUGUAUGAGAUUCUGGAGUACAACUUCGAUCUGAGCUCUCAGAAACAUCGGAAGGUGGAGUUCGCCUGGGCCGUCGCAUCGCAGGUCGUCGCCAUAGCGGGAAAGAACGGCCGAAGGGGAGAUUACCUGAACCGAGCCAUCGAGUUGCCCAUCCAGAUCUCCGAGUCCUCGCAGGUCGUCUGUAAAGACGAGCCGGAGGACGACUUCAGAGAGCCGGACCUCAACGACGGCAGCAACGACGUCGUGUUCGUCCAAAAACUGAAGCCUGUUGACAUCGAAGUGAGGAUAGAUUAGAGUCCCUGUCGUCGUCGUUAUUAUUAUUAUUAUUAUUAUUAUUAUCAUGAAUCACACCAGAACAGAGUCGGACUUCUUCAACAUUCAGUUUACGAUCGUGAGACAAAGACUCGUGUUGUUCCAGAAACAAUCGGUUAUUAAAAUAGCUGCUAUUAAUGAAAAUCUGCAAAUUCAACUCAACUAAAGUUGAAUCAACACCAAACCUUUUUAAUAUGCUGACGACUGAACGUUGUUUCUCUACAUCAGCUGUAAAUAUUCUGUGUUUUAAUACGACAGAACUCACCGAGUUACAUAAUGUCUAUUUUAGAAAGUGACUCAUGAAGCUUCUAAAUAAACGGAUAAAGAUCUGAGAGGAUCAGGAGAAACAUUUCUAAAUCUUUUGGUCUAUAAAAUGUCAAAUGUUGAGAGAAGUUGUUAAAAUGUCCUUUAACGAAUCAAAUCACUUCUUGUAUUCCAGUAACGUAAAACAUGUUGCCUUUGAUGUACAACGUGACUUAUUCUGUUAUUAAAGUGUCCUUCAUCUU